ACGAACUGAGCGACAGUAUCCUCCAAAUGACAGCUCCGGGCCGCACUCUCACUCUUUCCGGGGUCCGCACCGCAUGUCUGCUGGACUUGUUGAGUUGAUGGGUCGCCGUUAGAGAACGUCCAGUUUCCCUUUUCUGCACUUCUCCUUCUCUCCCUCGUCGAGCCACGUCGAGAGGGCGCGCGAGCCUGCCUCCUGGAUUACAGCUCACUUUUGCAACAGCUAACAGCUAAAGAGUUAGCCUCGGCCACCGCCAGGUAUGUCUGAUGUUAGUCUUGAGGCCGAGUCGCAGAAGACCUCACCAGAGGACUCUGAGGUGGAUUAUAAGGAGGCGGAAGAAACAGAGGAGAGUUUGAGUGAGGAUGUGGAGCAGGAUCGCGGCAGUCUAGAAGAUGAUGGGCUGUAUGACGUUGAUAUAAACAGUGAGGAAGAAGAAGAGGUUGUUCAGGAGGAAGAGAAGGGCAUUCAGAGCGAGAGAGCGGUGUUGGAAUGUGACGCCGCACAUGUGACAAACGGUGUUGAGAAUGUAGGACGUGAGGAGAAUCGCCAUGUUGACGCUGAAGCACCGAGAGAUGAAAGGGCCGAUUCUCCGUCAAAGGAAGAAAUUACAAUGGCUGAAGAGUUCCACAGAAGUUCGGCCGCCGAGAUCCCAGUCACAAGCAAUGGAGACCUGGAGCAGAACCCAGAGUCUGUUUUCAACAGGGAAUCGUACUCCGGUGCGCCAGCAGCCCUGAACUUCUCUGACGCUUGUGUAACUUCCAGUAACUUUGCUUCAACAACAGAGGGCAUCAUUGAGUCAGGACCGUUCAAAGGUUCAACAAGCCUGCCCACGUCUCCUGUGGCGCCCGUAGCUCCCAGCUCGGCUGUUGCCAGCCGCUUGGCGCGCUCUCACAGCGAGGGUGAGACAGGAGCAGCGAAGCCAGCGCCGGACAGUGGAGCCAUGGUUCUUGCCGAUGACCUGAAGAGUCCCGCCAUGGAGAAACUGGAGCUUGUGAGAAAGUGGAGCAUCAACACGUACAAAUGCACCAGGCAGAUCCUGUCGGAGAAGCUGGGUCGGGGCUCGAGGACCGUGGAUCUGGAGCUGGAGACCCAAAUCGAAGUCCUCCGCGACAACAGGAGGAAGUACCAACAUGUCAUCAAGCUGGCUCAGACGCUGGCCAAUCAGCUGUCGCAAAUCAUGCAGACGCAGCAGCAGCUCGGCGAAGCCUUCGCAGACCUCAGUCUGAAGACCCCUGAACUCCACGAGGAGUUUGGCUACAACGCUUCCACGCAAAAGCUUUUGUCUAAAAACGGAGAGGCACUGCUGGGCGCCAUCAACUUUUUCAUCUCCAGCGUGGACACGCUGGUGGACAAGACAAUCGAGGACACCAUGAUGAACAUCAAGCAGUACGAAAGCGCAAGGGUGGAGUACGACGCGUACAGAACCGAUCUGGAGGAGCUGAACUUGGGCCCGCGGGACGGCAGCACCAUGCCGAAGAUCGAGUAUUCCCAGCAGCAGUUCCAGAUUCACCGCGAGAAGUACGAGAGGAUGAGGAACAAUGUCUCGGUCAAGCUCAAGUUCCUGGAGGAGAACAAGGUGAAGGUCUUACACAACCAGCUGACCCUCUUCCACAAUGCCAUCGCAGCGUACUACGCUGGAAACCAGCAGCAGCUGGAACAAACGCUCAAGCAGUUCCACAUCAAGUUGAAAAUGCCAGGAGGAGACACUCCGUCCUGGCUGGAGGAGCGCUAACACUCCAGGCCUCAACCCACCAGCCUCCGUCUCAUGCUUCGUUGUGGCAUCCAGAAACCCCCCGGCAACCCCUCUGAACUCUGCUCUGACCUUCUGGCUAGUGACGGUUACAUUCGUAAAGGAAGGAAACAGUCUCCUUGAUCUUUUCAGAAACACAUUUUUUAUGCUGUUUGAGGAAACAGUUUGCUGCAAAAACACAAAUUUGGAAAUGCCUUUUCUACUCCAGCGAAUGAAUGUUGUGUCCCAGCACGGCAGACCACUGCCACUUCCUCACCACGUGUUUACAAAGCAACUCCUGUCACCUUUCUUGAUCUUUAAUCUUGUAAUGGCAACGAUUUGCAUUCCACUUUAUUGGCCACAAUUCUGCUUGUGAUGCCUGAACGACAGCAGCCGACUAACAAACGCCUGUCAUGCAUUCUUCUUCAAUAACUGCCCUCGUGUCAGAUGAUUUCUUCACAUAUCUAUAUCCCAGAAAACAAAACAUCCUCCUAACCUAGAUGGCUGGUUUGUCAAAUGCUCAUGACAACUGCAUGACGACUUCUGCUGAUAAGCAUAUGCAUAUCAAGACAGAAGUUACUGAUGGUCACAUUCAAAAUAAAACAAGAAGAAUCAUGUUUAAAGAUGAAGAGGAUGGCAACACUUUACAGCCAGCAGUGACACCCCUCUUUAUUUUGGGUGCAGAAAUGUCUUUGCUUUGUGAUGUCGCAGAAACAUGGACAAAUGUUGCUAGCUACAUUUGCACUACGUAGGUAUGACCACCUUUAUUCUUGUGUACUGGCGAGCCGGAUGUCUUAGAAAACGCCUUUCAGAUAUUGUUGUCCACUCCAAAUGGUCGCCGUGGACGACGUGAGCAAAAGAUGUAGUGGUUUGAAAUUGUAAGUCAGUUUUGAGAGUGUGUGUCCUGGAGGUAACUGUUUGGAGCCACAAACCAGUCGCUCAUUCUCAACUACCAUUGUUUCCCAACGUUUGUCCGAUGGCUUCAAUCUAAUGGAGCAUUGGGGAUUCAGUGGUCAAGUUGUGGUUCAAAUCCUCACAUGCUAUUUAGUCAUGUUUGGACGUCUCGCCCGGUGACACCGACCUCCAGCAGCCGUGAAGACAAUCUCCUUCACCUUGAACUCACACUACACUUCCUUUUGUCCGUAUCAUCACACAUCUGACUCUCAGCUGUAACUUCCAUCUGUUGUGAUACUUUCAUAUGCAACUGUACUUCCCCGUGUCUCCACAUCCAAGCUCCUCCCAUUCGUGUGGCGGCAUGUGGUUGACCAAGCACCAGCCUUGAGUGAUGAUGUGCCUUGAAUUUGUCGUCUCUUUUCAAACAUAUGUUCCAUAUUUCGACUCCACAUCACCAAACACUCCAGAACAUAUGUAUCUGUAUUGCACAUGUUUAUGCACAUCUGAGUGUAAUUGGAGUAUUUAUCAUGGCGGAACUGAUCCGAACCAAAAUGUGAGGAACUUGAAAUAUAUAGAUAUAUAAACCAGUCUCCACUCCAAGAGUUGCUGAGAUUCCAUAUCUCAAAGUAUAUUUUUCCAAGAGGAACUUUUAUGUCUUCUGUUUGUUGGCUUGUAUUUUUCUUAAGGCGGAGUGUGUUUGUUGUACAACAAUCUGAUGGUUCUUUUCUGGAAUAGAAGGAUUUAUAUUUGUAACGGACCAUUCUGAACUGUAGAAUAGCAGCCCAAUGGGAUCAUUGAGGAAAUGGAAAAAUAAAAAAGAUGGGUGGCUUCGUGUUUAAAUGUGGUGAAGCAUAGCAUUUGUUUACUAAAUACUUCCAUAAUCUUCCAAAUCUUUCCACAUUUGGCUUUAUUUUCUGAAUACUUUUAUCUGUCUCAUGUUUUCAUCAGUUUCUCAUGCAUUCCCUUUUCUGAAAAUAUUGUAUUUAUUUUUACUUUUUUUGGACAUUUUGGAGAGAUUAGUUAUUUUAACAAAAAUAAUUUGAUGCCAUUUAUAAUGUAUAAUGCCCAUAUUCCAUUUAAAGUUGACAAUAUCAAUUCCCCCCAAAUACUGAAAAUAAUAUUGGCCUAAUAAAUGUUAUGUUAUAAUAAGCUAGUUGACAUUUGUGCUACAUAUAUCUCAGACAGUAUAUAUUUAUUUUCACUACUCCCUAUAGAAGUACAAGUGUAACUCACCCACCCGACCUCCUACUUUCCUAAUUUCCUCCUACUAUUUUCCUACUUUCAUAUAUAUAUAUAUAUAUAUAUAUAUAUAUAUAUACACACAGAGACACACACAAUGCUGUUGUAAAGCUUUAUCUGAUCCACCUGCAGGAACUCUUAACUUGUUCUGCAGCAUCUGUUCUUCAAGGAAUGAACCUGAAUGUUGUGUAUCAUUUUGGGGGGAAAUAAAUAUUCCUGCUCUCUG